UGUUUUUUCCGCUGAACAGAAGGCAGUGGUUAAAGUGCAAAAUGGGAGAAGUUGGUGAAAAGUCCGAAAAGGCACGACUCGAUGUUGUGUGGCGCCUAUGCAACGCUUCUAUGGCGCUAUUUUUCGGCCUUGCAACGUACGUGCAGAUAAAUGAUCCAGAUGCAGGAUUGUGGAUGGUUGGGUAUGGGGUCCCCUCGCUGCUCUGUGCUCUGAUUGGCUGGUGGCCUCAGGUGACAGAGAGCGCCCCCUGGAGGACAGUGGCGGACCUACACGUUCUCCUGUCCUCUGCUGUGGUCUCGAUUCUGGGCUGGACUCUGGUCAAAGAGCGGGUCACAGACAUCUUCCAGCGCGAGGAGGGGAGGGAGUUUUGUGGACUGCUGUUGACUGUGUUUUGGCUGCUCCUCUGUCGUCACUCUGGGAGGAGUCCCGUGGGCGUCCUCCGAGUGUCCACUGCCGCCGCCAUCGCCGUCUUCCCCUUCGUGUCCUGGGUUUAUUAUUACGUCAACAAAGAGCUGCGAGCGGACUGGCCCUCGCACUGCAAAACCGCCAUUUAACAUGUCUUUUCAACACUCCAGGAGCAUCUCCAGCUGAGAGAAGACUGAAACAUGAACUGCUGAGUUAAAGCUGCACUUUGAAACUUUUCUGGUGGAGGGUUUGUUUUUGUUUUGUGUAAAAGGUUCCACAGUAUGACAAACAUACCGCAUCUGUCUGCCAUUUAUUUCACUACAUUUGUUUGUCUUUCUCAAAAAUACAUAAAACAUACAUUGUUACUGUGAGUGAGGUAGCCUUACCACAGAACUGACCUGUAACUGCUUGUUUCUAUGGAGAUAGCAAAGUUUAAUGCCAUACUGUGUAAUAUGCAGCAAAAACAAUUACAUCUCCAAUAGGCUGGUCCAUCAAAGCAUAAAAAAAAAAAAGUUUCAGAUAACCUUGAUUAGAACCCUGCAUUAGGUUUUAGCUUCCAAAAGAUGAUUUAGGAAGAAAUUUGGAAGAAAAAGGAGAUUUUUUAGAGGUUGCUCAAGUUGCUUCAAGUUUUCUAAGCAGCUUGUAUGGACUUUCUCAGUAUUUUUUUUUUAUGCUUAAGUUUCAGUUUGAGUUUGCAGAACAAAAUGACAAAUUAUUGGAAUAUGCCUUAUUUAUUUAGUUCUGUGUUAUAGUGUAGGUCCUUUAGGGCAGUUUUCAAGUGUCUUUAGCAACCUCUAAAUAUUAAUUCAUUUGUAUAAAAUUUUGACCCAAAUAUUUUUGCCAGAUAUGGAACCAAAUAAAGGGUUCUAAUCUAGAAAAUCAAAAUAAAGAAAAAAUUUGGACCACCCUAAUCUCCAUAGAGACGAGGAGAUGGCGUCCCACCACCAGAAAAACUCACAUUAUGAGUUCAAAAGUGUAGAGAGAAUAUUGUGUCAGUAUUUGUUUACUUCAUUUCAGAAUUAUUCCAAAAUUCUUUUGUAAAUCCACUGCACUUUUUUACAUGAAAAAAUAUAUUUUGAUUAUGCUUGA